AUGGAGGAGUACGAAGCCUGCUGUGAGGUCGACAUGGAGACUCUCGUGGCACAAGGGUUCCCAGCGAGGAUGUUCGUGCCUCCCGAGGAAGGUCGUCGAGUGCGAGGGGUCCUCAAUCUGGUAUUGUACAACAAGUUUGCUGGCAGUGGCUCCCAAACGGGGGCAAACAUCAAGGAUCUCUUCAACUCGUUGAGGCAGGUCGAUACCGAUGUGGUGGCCCAAAAUUUCGCUCGUAGGAAGGAAUCAUUUCAUUCUAGCGAUAUGAUGAACCACAUUCGGAGG